AUGUCUGCUCAAGGUCGACGAAAAUCGAGGUUUCGUAGCCUCUGUGACGACCACGAAGAUGGUAAAGGAAUGAAAAAUGGUCUACAGUGUCGUUUUACUGUAUCUUACGUGGGUGAAACUGCGUGGCGGGACGAAUAUGCGUAUGUCCAUGAAAUUAUGGAAAAUGUAUUACCCAAACAAAUGUCUGGAAAAUUUUGGUUAAAGAAGGAAGCUAAAAGAAAAGUUUGUCUAUUCAUCGAUGUUUGUUCCACGUCUGUGUUUAUUCAAAACACUGAAGGAAUCUCUGAAAAUUGUUUUCAAUUCUGCAAUAUCAAAGAAGUCAUAUAUUGCGGUAACAUGAAACAGUAUUCGAAAAAUGUUAUCUUGGUUGUAGAUGGAGAAGCGGAUUCGGCUGUGAAAGCUCAUAUUUUUUCAUGUAGUAGCGUAAAGGAAGCCAAAAAGGCAUUCAAAGUUUUUACCGACGUGUUCGCACAUGUCAGUAAUGAGAAACUGGAUUUCAAUCUGGAAGUUGAAGCUGAAAUCACAGACGUCUUUAGUGAUGAAAUUACAAGUUCUUCCCACCUAUCGUUGACAACCAACGUAGAGACAGGAAGACAGAAUAGCUUAUCAGAAAGCAAGGCAAUGUCGCCAGAGGUUGAAGACAAUUUUGUAGACAAUGCAUUUACAGCCUUUGCUCGCUCGAGAUCAUUUAAUUCUGGUAAAAGAUAUACGCCUGGUUCAAGGCAAAAGUUAUUGCGUCCUUAUUCAUCACCUGGAGGAAAUCUGCAUUAG